GAUGAAUGCGAUUCGAGACGGGGGUUUCGAUUGUUAACGUAGUAAAGUAUCGACAGCCAGCAUGCGAUCUACAACACCUCAGAGUACGAAACCGUAAAGUUACAUUUUUGAACUUUCCAUAUGCAUUUCAGAUGUGUAAAAGGUUGGUAUCAGCACGCUCUUAAUCAGAUUCACCAAGGUUGCUGCCUUUUGCGGAGGCACUUAGACACGGUAAAGUCGAUACAAUGUGCCUUGAUUUUCCUGAUAAUUUCAACAAUGAUCAAACUGUUCGAGUCUCCUGUUGGAGAGGCUCAUCUCGAUAAGGACAACGUCCUAUGUACACUGAACCACUCGCUCACUGAAAUAUGGGAUAUCUACUGCAUUAACUGUAUUUCUGGUUAGCAGAGAGGUACUAAAUGUCACCAAAGCUGCAUGGUAUGUAGAUGGGAGUUGGGUUGAGGGAAAUCGCAGUUUGGGUUCGGCGCAAUAGAGAAGUAGAACGUUAUUGCCCACCCCCGCAAUGCAGCAAUCUUGUCGCGA